GUUCGUAAGCACCUAGAGCAGGAGCGAGGAUACAGCGCGUGCGUGUGCGGAGUGUGGAUACAGCGCGAGGACCGGAGAGAGCGGUGGAGUACAGUGGAAAGAGAGAUAGAGAGAAAGAAAGAGAGAGAGAGAGUGAGUGGAUAAAAAGAGAGACUCUGUCACAUUCCUGGUUGAUGUGGAUGAUGGCGCGCGCGUGCUGCUGGAGCCGGGCUCGCGCGCUGUAGUGUGUGUGUGUAUCGGAUGCGCUGUCUCCUCCGCGGCUCUUCUUCCUCAGCGCGCUUUUGUUCUCGGGGUCUCGGGAUCUGUGCAGCGGGAUACAGCGGGCUGAUGGCCGCGGGUUGGCGCCGCUCGGCCGCGGGGCUGCUGGGAGUUUGGCUGCUGGCUCUGUUGGGUGCAACAUCUGCAGCUGAACUGUCCUUCACGUUAGAGCCCAGUGACAUCAUCGCAGUCCAGCAGCAGCCUCUGAUGCUGCACUGUCAGGUGGAGGGAAUCCCACCCAUCACCACACAGUGGAGGCGCAAUGGAGCACCUCUGCAAGAGGACCAAAACUACUCCAUGUUUAUCAACGGCUCGCUGCUGAUUGGACGCUUCCAGAGGAACAGGUCUGACGGCUCCUCCGAUGAAGGGGACUAUGAAUGCGUGGCCCAGAAUUCCUUUGGGCUGGUCGUGAGCCGCAAGGCUAAAGUGCAGGCUGCCACAAUGGCAGAUUUCCACGUGCACCCGCACUCAGUUCGGGCAGAUUUGGCAGGGGUUGCUCGCUUACAGUGCCAAAUCCAUGGCCUGCCAGAGCCGGUCAUCAGCUGGGAGAAAGAUGGGCGUCCAGUGGACACUAACGAUGAGAGGUACACUCUGCUGCCCACAGGUGUGCUGCAGAUAACAGGUGUUCGACCCGAGGACAGCGGGGUCUUCUGCUGCGUCGCCCACAACAGCGCUGGAGUCAAACACAGCGCUGGAGCCCACCUUACUGUCUCAGGCUCUCAGUCUUCUGUUUACAAAGAACCCACGAUCCUUGUCGGCCCUGAGAACCUCACCCUCACCGUGCACCAGACUGCCAUCCUGGAGUGUGUCGCCACUGGCUACCCACGUCCCAUUGUGUCCUGGAGCCGGCUGGAUGGGCGGCCGAUUGGAGUGGAGGGCAUUCAAGUGUUGGGCACGGGUAAUCUGAUGAUUUCUGAUGUCAGAGUGCAGCACUCGGGUGUUUAUGUCUGCGCAGCCAACAAGCCAGGGACUCGUCUGCGGCGGACGGCUCAGGGGCGUCUGGUGGUGCAAGCCCCAGCUGAGUUCGUUCAGCCUCCUCAGUCUGUAGCACGGCCAGUGGGCACCACUGCCAUCUUCACCUGCCUGGCCCAGGGUGAGCCCACCCCUCAGAUCACUUGGUUGAAGAAUGGCCAGAUCCUGGAGCCUGGAGGCCAUGUCAAACUCAGGAACAACAACAGUACACUGACCAUCUACAGCAUCAGUCAGGAGGACGAGGCUAUAUACCAGUGCAUCGCAGAGAACAGUGCAGGAUCUUCUCAGGCCAGCGCACGUCUCACUGUACUGUGGGCCGAUGGGCUGCCGGGUGUGCCCACGGGGGUCCGGGCCGAUGCCCUCUCACCCACGUCCAUCCAGGUUUCAUGGAACGAGCCCACCCAGAACACACAGGACAUCAUCAGCUACGUGCUGCACAUCCGCAAGACUGCAGACCCGAUAGAGAUGGAGUAUCAGGAGGCUGUGAGUAAAGUGACACUGCAGCAGGUGGUGGGGGAUUUGGAGCCCUCCACCAGUUACAGUUUUUACGUGAAGGCCUACACCUCGCGCGGAGCCAGCAAACCCUCAGCCACAGCUCAGCAGAGCACGCUGGGAGAGGUUCCAGCUCCCCCGUCUCUCUACACGAAGGUGGUGAACUCCAGCGUGGUGCAGGUGGUCUGGGAGCCGUCUACGAAGAUGGGCCAACAUGACGGCUUUAAGCUGUUUUACAGAAAAGCUCAUGCUUCCCUCUUUACCGGACCCCUAACCUUCUCUCGCAACGUCACCCAGUACAACAUCUCUCUGCAGGAUCCAUCAAUGGUGUAUGAAAUCAAAGUCUUGGCGUUUAAUCAGCAUGGAGAUGGCAAUGCCACCUUACGCUUUGUGUCACUAAAGGAACCAGUGGAGAAAUCAGUGCUGAAUACUCCAUGUAACUGUUUGAAAGAAGAGCAGAGUAAAACCUCCACUACUGGCAUCAUCAUUGGAAUCCACAUUGGAGUCACUUGCAUCAUUUUCUGCGUACUCUUUCUCAUGUUCAGCUAUCGUGGCAGGUUAAUGUUAUGUAAGACAGUGCAGGCCACUCCUCAGGUGGGAAGGAACCCGGCGUCAGCAGCAGCAGCAGCAGCGGUGCUGGAGUCCUCCUCCUCUCAGCAGGGAGUGCUGGCCCUUAACGGCCUGCACAGCACCAGUACCGAGGUCAGCAGGGCCCAACACGGAGUCAAGAGCCUGACCAGCUCAAGCCAGAGGGAGAGGCUGGUCUCAGGUUCAACAGAUGCUGCACACACGAUGGAAAGCUUGCUGGUCUCUUGUUCGCUCAACGAGACCCAGAUGUCCACGCUAUCCCUGGAUGACUUCAGCUUGGUGGAGGAACGCAGAGGAACGCAGUACCACGAUCGACCCUCAGAGAGCCAGCUGGAUGAAGGCUGAAGAUGCAGUGAAAAGCCUGUAAACUCCACUCAGACUACUCCUCUCCCUCUCAGGUCAACUGAAGUAUUCCCUAUUUUUUUCUCCUUUUUAAUGUGCAGAGUUUAUAUAUGUUACGUUCCCGAGUGUGGGAACUGCUGGACACCAUAACUGGGAGGGCCCAUGUAUGGUUGGGUGUGGUCAUCCAUGAUUUCUUCUUCUUCUUCUUCUUCUUCUUCUUCAUUGGAAGAUGUUUUAGUUUUUUCACCUUUCAACAUUCGGAUCAGCAAAGGCAGCGGAAAAAAAGACACAUCCUUAAGUGUCUUCUUUGGUAAAAAUAAAAAACAAGAAAUCCACAGGGAAUCCUCAUUCCAAAUGUACUUUUUAACAUUUUUUCAAUGUUUUUUUUUUUUUUUUUUGAAGAAAGACUGAAAUGUCCUCUUGCCUACUCUCUCAGCCUACCAAUGACUUCACGAAAACCCAUCCAGCGAAGAUGACGGCCUUCUUCCAGGGAUUUGAAACGAUUACUCUGUCUCAGGAUGUUUUUUCCGUGAUAUCGAUAUAUAUAUAAAUAUAUAUUUUUUUCUUUAAUCAGUCGCCAGCCUUCAGGCUUUAGGCUCGGCUACGUGAAUCCUGGGAUUUUGCAACAGAAACCUACCUCAGCCGGAAUGAAUGUGUAAACGGGAAGCCUUUUUUUUUCGGAUCUGCGUCUUCGUCUUUUCCGUUUCGUUACGUUACGUGUCAAGUGUUUGGUCAGAAAAAAAAAAGUAACAGGUGCUGCGCUACCUCAGAUGUCAAGAACCACCACUUUCACGCUCGUUGAAGAGAAACGAGAGAAGAUAAAAUCCAACAUAUAGCACUUCCAAACGUUGAAGUCAAUGUUCUACCUCAAGAUAACAAUGCUGUUGUUGUUGUUGUCGUCGUUGUCCUUUUUUUUUCAUAAUGAAACAUGUUACCUCUUUUUUUUUUUGUGAGAUCCUGGCUUCCCAGUGUUGAAUUGAAUUGCUGUGUUUUGGAUAUGUCAGUACCUCAUGCAAGUUGACAGAUGACAUUGUAUGAAUUCUGCUCAUCGAGACAUUCUUAUCCGUAGUGUUUUUUGUAGGAUUUGUUUUUGACUUUUUUGUUUUGUUUUGUUUUGUUUUAUUUUUGUUCGUUUUCAAGUAUUUUUAGUUAAUUUAGCUCAACGUAAAGACUGUUAGAGAUGCAUUGCACUGCUACUAAUGAUUUCAGGAUGCGUUUUUCUGCCAUUUACCGUGUUAUGCUAUUUACAUGGAGGAGAAAGGAGGACGAGAUACAUCAGCGUUGGACAUGCAUUGAGUUUUACUGCGUGUGUGUGUCUGUACAAACAUCUGUGUGGUGGACUUCUGUAACUGUAUUGUGUGCCAGAGACAAGGGGUCAGGGGGGUUCAUUCAGUAUACGUGUAUAUAUGAUGUACUUAAGAGAAUUAAGCACAGAUUUAUCAUGGUGUUAGCCUGGGUGUCGAUGUAACGGUGUGGUAAUAUAGAAAUGGUGGAAGAUGAGUGGGUUCUAAAACGGCAGGACAUCGCCCUAAUAAGAUUUUGAUGGUGGAGCGAAGUCAGGUAAUGACACAGUGUGAUAUAUCAACAUGAAUUGAAAAACAAUCAAAUCAAUUAGCAAGUUGGUUCUCCCCCAAGCCCCACUCACAAAAAACAAACAUUUAUAUGGUAGCAGGUCAGUCAAUAGUGUAGCAGGAUUUUAAAAAGCAGCUCCUUUGUUGUGUUGGAGUCUUGGAGCGAGACAGAUCAGGGAUCAUUAAUAGCAUCUAUGGGUGGGAAGAUCCUAUAAGCUUAAAAUAUUUGCAAGUUUAACCUUUAAGGAUCCGUGAACUCACCAGUGCACCAAAUGCAGUGUUUCCCAAUCUUUCUAUUAAUAUUUUUGCCAUAAUGCAGCUCAGUUAAAAAGCUCAUCUUUUGUCUCUCACCGUGUCUAACUAGUGGAUUUGUGCGUCUGUUAUUGGUCUCUCUGUAUCUGUAAUUGUUGGAUUCAUGCAUUUGUCUUUGCUUUGUGUAAAAAUGACCAAUGAACACUCAGGAAAUCACUAAAAACAUAUUUAAUAGAAUUGUGGAAUAAUAUUAAAUGCUUUUUCAGCUAAUAAAAGAAUCAGGGGCUGGAUUGCAAAGGAAAUAUCCAUAUUCAAGAAAAGUAGCCUUGUAACUCCAGGUAAUAUUGACAUACGAUCUUGAACGAACUCUGUCUGUCUGUAUUAUUGCUGUGUUAGUAAGAUAUUAAUAGAAGCAUUUCAAUAGAACUGGUGAGUUUGUCGAUCCCAGAGAGUUAAAUCAGUACAAAUCUGCAAACGUAUUACAGUAAAAAUUCUACACGGCUUCAGAUUCUAUAAUUGAAAUAUAAAAGACCAGCAUCACAAUAUUUAGAUUUUAAUCUGAGCUUUGUAUACAAAUCAGAAUGGACAAACAGUAUAACAACAAGCAUGUUUAAAAACUGUUAUGAUAAACGGUGAGUACAGAGAAAAUGAACAGAAUUUCCGAAGCAACAGUAAAAUUACGGUAUCAAUGAAGCUUAACCUCAAAUCAGAAAAGGGUAAAAAACAGUAUGGAAAAAAACAAUAUUAUUUACAUUACUUACAGGAAUAGAUGUACAGCUUUGGAAAAAUGUAGGGACCACUUCAGUUUCUGAAUCAGUUUCUCUGAUUUUGCUAUUUAUAGGUUUAUGUUUGAGUAAAAUGAACAUUGUUGUUUUAUUCUACUACUACAGAACUACAGAAAACAUUUCCUCCAAAUUCCAAAUAAAAAUACUGUCAUUUAGAGCACUUAUUUUUGGAAACUGAGAAAUGGCUAAAAUAACUAAGAAUAUGCAAAUAUACAAAGAAAACAAGAACAUAUUUAUAAUGUUUUAAGAGUUCAGUAAUCAAUAUUCACUGUAAUAACCCUGGUUUUAAUCACAGUUUUCAUGCAUCUUGUCAUGUUCUCCUCCACCAGUCUUACACACUGCUUUUGGAUAACUUUAUGCCUGCACUCCUGGUGCAAAAACUCAAGCCGUUCAGCUUGGUUUGAUGGCUUGUGAUCAUCCAUCUUCCUCUUGAUUAUAUUCCAGAGGUUUUCAAUUUGGUAAAAUCAAAGAAAGUAAGUGGUCUCUUUCUCUCUUUUUCCAGAUCUGUAUGUUAUCAAAUGUAAUAGAGUUGAUCAGCCAAACCAUAAAAUAUAUUGGGUGCAUUUUCACAUUAAUCACAGUCAAAUCAAAUAAUAAGUAAGAAACUUAGUAUUAUUUUUGUUAGUAGUAGCAGUACUAAAUCUUCCAUACUGACCUUUGAUUUGGGGUGUAUUCAAUGAUGAAACAUGCCAUGAUGAGAAAACCUAUGAAAAUUACAAAAUCAACUAACUUAUUUUUUUAUACAUGAUUAAAAGGCAAGUAAAACAAAAUGUUGCAGUAUUACUGGAUAUAUGUUAAAAUGUAGACACAUUUGAGACAUUAAUUAUUUUUGAUAAAAAUGACAGUUUUAUUGUUGAAGCUGUUAUACUGAUAAUAUCUUUUGAAAAGAUAAAUCUGUGGCCAAACAGUGAAUUCAGAAUACAGUAAUAAUUCAAAAUAUGACAUUUCAUAACACUGCAGUACUCAGCAACCUGUUCUGCAGUCAGUGUAGAAGCUUAGUUUAAGAAUCAGCACUGUGGACAGUACAUAACCUACUACACUUCAUAACCUGGCUUUAAAACAGUCCUGCUGCUCAUCCAUCGCUCCACCAUCUUAAUCUUCUCUUGGGCUUUUGCUCUUCUUAAAAGGGCUUUAAGAGGGAGACAACAGUUGACACCAUGAUGGUCCAUCUCUAUCCUCCAGUGUUCCACAAUGCCCUGGUGCUUUUAUAUCCCUCUUUUCCUUUAAUAACCUACCUCAACACAGCUGUCAUGCUCUCAGGUCAUUCUCCCACCGGGGAAGAUUUUAUGUUUUUCUAUGACGCACACACACACACACAUACACACACACACACACACACACACACACAAACACACACACAGAUUUACAGUAUGUCAGAGGAGCAUCUCUUUUAUGUCCUUUUAAAUUUUCAAACCGUGUAGACUGUAAACAUGAGACAUCCAUGUUUUUUUCAUACUUUUUUAUAACAUUGUGUGGAAGUGAAUGUCUGACAAAUGUUACUUUGAAAUGUUUUGUAUCUGAUUUUUUUUAUAUAUAUAUAUAUUUUUUAGGUUUAUGCACUGUAUCUUCUAUCAUCUUCUGCCUCAAAAGUCUCCACGAAUGCUCAAGGGAAUAUCAAACACUCAUGCUUACGCUAAAGCUGUCCAUACUCGCUUGCUUGCAACAUUGUCGGUCGUCGCUGAUAUCGAUGCAUGUAAAUACACCUAGUAACCUUGUAAAAGCGGAGGGGAAAAAAAAUCAUACGUUUCAAACCACACAGUGGCUUCUCUGAUUGACGCAGUAACGAGUACAGUGCGUUCAUUCCAUCGGCAUCAAUCAAGUGAAAGUGAAUACUAAUCCCGAAACAGACCUCUCUCGAAGGCGGAGCCUCCUGUAUAGAAAGAAAAGAUAGAAGUGGAUUAAACUCGUGAGUGAUUGCGAUGAAUAUUAAUAUCGGACGCAUCGUGUUGUCUGCGGGCGAACGUGGUGGAGUGUUCAGUAUUCUCUUUCUUUGUGUGUUAGAUAGCUGAACUGAUCUGUCCAUAUGUAAUAGAGAUCAAUGAAAUGGUACUGAACAAGUUAUACGGGGGUGUGUGUACGUGGGUUUGCUGUGCUGUAAAGGCUUGUCCUUAUUAAUUAAGAGAAUUCUGUGUGAAAUGUCAACCGAUUGUACGACUCUAGUGCACAUGACUCUUCAGACUUGGAUUUUCUAGAUGUGUUCGCUAAACACAAGAUUCAGUGAGUUUUAAUGGUGUUAUGGUGAAAAUGCAGUUCAGACCAUUGCCAGUUGCCUGCAGUGCUGUGACUCCUGCUGCAUUUUUAAUGGCAUUAUUUUAUGCAUUUUGUUUUUGUUUUUGUUGUGUUUGUUUUUAUUUGAUUUGAUUUGAUUUUUUAUUGUUUUAUUUUUUAUUUGUUUCAUUUUGGUCUUAAGAUUUUGGUAUUAGUUUCUCUUGUCCGUUGUGAAAGCCCGUAUAUUUCAGUAGGAGUGUUAGAGUUCAGUGGAAAAAUAGUGCUUAAACUAGCAGAAGGGAGCCAUGGCGUAAUGUCGUAUUUAUUAAUGUUGCGUACGUAGUGUAUUUAUUGACGGCUGCCAACUGUUCCUGUGUGUUACGUCUCUCUUUCUCUCUCACGGUGCUUUUUUAAAAUAUUUUACAUUUUUUUUACAGAAACACACAAAAAAAAAAAAAACACAAAACAUCCGUUUUAGUUGCUCCUGUUGCGUCAGGUGGGCGGGGUGUGCUUAGAGAAAGCUGCCGGUGGGGUUCGGUAAAAUUUGGUGGCGGUCAUUUUUACUCAAAUGACUGUGGAAAUGAUCUUCACUGACCCCUCUAAAGUUUUGACAGCUUUCACUGCCAAAUAGUGCGCCUUAUUUCAGUAUAUAAAUAUUUCAGUAUGUGUGAUCAGAUUCCCGCUUCCGACUUUUGAUUGGUUUUCCUGCCAUCGUCAGGACUCUCUCUUUUGGGCUAGACAUACCGCUCUGAACUGUGCUUGCAGAACGACUGCCUCCAACAGUCACCUCAGGAGAUUAUAUGCUUCUUUUUUUUACUAUCUCAAUCUGUAUCUCUCUUUUCUGACGAACAGACCUUGAGUGGUGAGAUUCCCAUUCACACAGAGUAGUAGUUGGUGUAGAUUUUUUUAUUUUUUUAUUUUUUUUUAAGUGCUCUCAGGGAAAUAUCAGCUCCUCUUGCUCACUUUCCAGUCUAUACAAGAGAGAUGGAGUGGUCGUCACCCUGCACCCUGUGUCUGUAUAGAUGUACAACUGUCUUAUCCUCCCCACAAUCCUCUCUCUCUCUCUCACUCUCUAUUUUCCCUAUUUUCCCAGUUUUGAAGCUAAUUCAGAGCUAAUCAGUGUUGAUUCACACACACAGAGCUGCUGAGGAUAAUCCCUGAAUGCGGAGAAAUCAGAUGGAGACCCAUCUGAAGCAGAACCACCGCUCCACUCGCUGCCUCAACGGCAGCCCCCUCACUCUCACCGGCGGCCCCCUGCUCCUUGGCCUCUCUUUUGUUUUAAUUCAGCAUGCUUCUUUGUCUAUAGCUAUAUAAUCCAUAAGCGAACAAAGAGGGUAUUACCUCCUAUCCUGAUGGCCCUUCAUCAUACCAGACCCCCCAAUCCCACAACCACCCACCCACAUUUCUGUAAAGAAACUCUCAUUUGUCAGAGGGAGACCCCUCGCCCCACAAUUCCCAAGGGAGACUCAGGGACGACCCAUUACCAUUUAGCAGCCUCGGCCAGCGCCUGUGCUAUGGCAACCCGAGCCCAUUCCGCUCCGCAGACACAAAAUCAAACUCCGAAUCUGUAAAACAAACAUUGUUUUUAUCGAGGGACCACAUGCCGCCACCGCGGCUCCCUAAGCCCCAUUCAGAGCCGGGACUUAAAACAGGACCGCGCCCGAGGGGUGUCCCAUACAGGCAUGGUGCUAAACAGUUUAUUGCCCUGUCUCACACAGGUUUCUCCCCGCGGGAAUUGCCUUUUAGCAUUCAUCACAGUCUCGCCAUCACCCACCAGCACCAACAAACGAAAGUAUUUAGUUCAACAGGCUCCGCAACACUGAUGGAAAUGUUCGUGACAUACUAAGAAAUGCCAAUAAAGAUAAUUUAGCAAAUUUAGCUAGCAAAUGUAGAUGCAGACAGGCUGUGCUUUAAUACGUGUACUUGCAUUCCAGCUAAGGUUUCUCUAACUAAGUAUUUCUCACACAUUUGAGGUGGUCUGUGACUGUGUCACAAUUGCGUAUUUCACACUAAUACAGUACACCAAGAGGAAAGUUUAUUAAAUGCUAACAUACCAUUAAAGCUAAUUCAGCUAGCAAAUUUAGAUACAGAUGAAGUCUAACUAGCGUUUCUAAGUAUUUUUGACACAUUUGAGGUGGUCUGUGUAGCCCUAGUUAAGCUAACAGAGAACAUUAAAAGAACAUUUAGCUACAUUUUAAAAAAGGUUCCAGGAAAGUUAGUCAGAAAUAAUGUUGCUGGUUUAUAUCACAACGUUAUUAAAAAAAUUCUCACAUAAUAGAAAAUACUAACAUUAUGAAAACGUUAAAAGUAGCAUUUCCAAAACUAAAAGUUAAACUUUAACAGAAGUGAUGUUGCAGCAAUGUUCCAAGAAAAUUUAAAAAUGUUAAAUAAAAGCGUUCUAAGAACAUCUAGAAAACCUGACAUAUUGAACAUUCUAAGAAAUGUUCUGAACUGUAACAUUUCUAAAAAGUAGUCAUAAUUUCUUUGGUAGAGAAUAAUUUGUUGUAUUGGAAAUCAAAAUUUACCGUAGCUAAGUCUGCGCUAACGUUACUAUGUUAUGUAGCUCGCCGCUAAUGUUAGCUAUCUUGCCACUAACCUUAGUUUUCUCCCCAGUAAUGUAGCUAACUCAUCCCUAACAUUACUAUGUUAGCUAGCUCUCUGCUAACUUUAGUUCUCUACCCGGUAACAUAGCAAACUUAUCGCUAUCAUUACUACCUUAGCUAUCUCUCCGCUAACGUUAGUUCUCUCCCUGUUAAGAUAGAUAGCUCGCCUCCAAUGUUACUAUAUUAGCUAGCUCUCUGCUAACCUUAGUUCUCUCCCAGUAAUGUAGCCAAAUAACUCGCUGCUAACAUUAGUAUGUUAGCUAGCUCGCCGCUAACGUGAACUAGCUCUCUGUUAACCUUAGUUGUCUUUCCAGUUAGCAUGUGCUUUCCCAUCUGCAUUAAACGCACCGUCUGAAAAUGUAAUACCUACAGUAAAUUUACAGUAAAUUUAAGACCUUUAAGACCCGGAUUUUUCUAGACUUUUUAAGGACCUGCAAGAACCCGAUUAUACUCAAAGCACUAUAUUGUGUAUGGAAAUGUUAAUGUUCCUUAUUCUGUGGUAGUUCGAAAGUGGAAUGGUUAAAAGCCUAUCUUUUAGUAUUAGCUAGCAAAUUAGGCUACUUCCCUAGCCAACUUGCUAGCCACUUGUUAUUGUUCUUUCACCUGUUCCUAUGACAGUAUGUUGCAUACCACUAUACCACUGGAAUGAAAGUACGCUAAUUGAAACACAGCCCUAACUGACUACUUACUGUUACUUACCUUUAAACUAGUUUUCAGUCAUUUCUCAAUAUCCUAGACUUUUAGCCCAACAACAAAGCACUGUGCGUAAAUACACUCGGGACUGGUUUUAAUUCCUGACAUUUUUGUCCUUUUCAGGUUUUUUCAGAAACUCUAAAUAUGAACACUAAAUAUGCAGCUGUAUAAGUGUACAGUAUUCAUUAUUCAUACAUUAGAAUGAGCAAAUCAGGCUGUAGUAUGUUGUAAAAUAUUUCUCUUUGAAUGUGCCAUUCAAAAAAAGCAUACCACAAAUUUUUGUAUUGCAAUGAUGCUGUAAUAUCAGUCUUCACAGCAGCAGCCACAGCGUAGUAAAGCGGUUCAGCUCUACAUUUUCACUUGGAUAAGUAUGAGAUAUCAAACUCGACCCCAGAUCCAUUCACUCACCAUUUACUCAUCAUUUAUCAGCGUUUAUCUGCGUUAUAUUAAAAUUUCGCAGAAAUAUAGCCAAUGUCAGACAUUCCCAUAGAACAUUCUCCCAGCACUUAAGAGAUUGUUUCCUCGCUUAAGAAUUGAUUUGCUGUCAGAGCAGGUGGCUGAUCAUGGAAUAAAAAUAAAGUGGAAUAAAGGGAAUGAUGCAUUAAUCUUUCAAGGAAAACGCGGAAUCCUAGAUUCUACUUUUAGUGCCCUCAGUGGAGAGUGGCUUUAUGGAAAUGCCACUCUUCACCCACACACUUCAAUCAGAAAGCGAGGCACUGAGUGCUGGCCAGCCCACUCUCAAGCCCUAUUCAACAUGUUCCUUUUUUCUCAGAAGGUGCAGAGAAAAAAAAAAAAGAGAACAUGCUGCCGAGAUCCGUGAUUGGAAUCCAGCACCAAUCUGCAAUGUCUGAAGCAAAUUCCAAAGUAAAUUACCUGCUGUAUUGUAAUCAGCUGUUUCAGUAUUUAGUGCGUCCACCACAAUCCAGUUCAGUUUUUUCGAAGAAAAAAUAAAGGGAGAUUUCUCAGCAGCAGCUUCACACAAUUAAUCGUAAUGAUCACAAAUGUUUUUCUAUUUCCUUUUCUCAGAAACGCUGCAGUUACACUGCUCCAGAAAGUCCACACUGCAAAUUAUUCCAUUUAUUUUCAGUGGAAAGCGUUGGUUCAUUCAUGUGUAGCCAGACAAGGCAUAGAAAGUCUGGUAACACAAAUUUGUCCAGUAAGAAGACAGCUGUUUUUUUGUGCAAGAAGUGUGCACAUUGAAAAGCAUGAAACAUUUGACCUGUAUUCAAAUAUUUCAGUGGCAGUUUCUCCACAGGUACAGAAGAGCAAUAGCGCUAACUGCUAAUUGCCUUCUAUGAUACAUAAUAAGUUAAUUUAUUCGAAAUCCUUGCAGAAACACACCAUUUUCUAUUAUCAACACAACAUAAAAGCAAUGCUUUUAUUACUUUAAAAUACAAAGAUACUGAGCAAGAAGUUAUUUCAAUACGUUUUGCAGGGAAUAAUUUCAUUAACACUCAUACUCAUUGCUCUGGAUCAGUUUAAAUGCAGCGUUGCAGCUUCUUGAUCAGCUUCACAAUCUUUCAAGACUCACAGUGUUGAACCAUCUUCUCAUUGAAAGGAUGGACAAUUAAAUUUCUGCUUAUUUUAGACAUUGAUUUAUAAAAAAAGUCAUUCAGAGUUGUUUGGUGUAAAUGCUUGUUCGUAGAGAAAAUUGAAUUAAGUCAGGUAUUUGGCAUGUAAACUCACAUUUAACCAUUUUACUAUCAGUUAAGGCUAAACAAGAUUUUGCAACCUUAGGUGCUGCCAUAUUGUCUGCAGUUUACAUAGCCUGUCGCCCAGACUCCUGACCAAUCAUUGAGCGUUGUCACACACUGUCUUCAGCCAUAGAUUUUCAUUGUGUGUGACACGGCAAACGAAGCCCGAGUGCAUCUUCUGCGGCUAGAAGUAUGCUGAGGCCUAAAGUAUGCAGCGUUUUGCUUCUGUUUUGUCCUGAUUUAGAAACCGUAAUCAUAGAAAAAAUAAAACGUAACUGUCUAACAGUCUGGAGCUGCGGUACAGAAUGGUAAAGCACCACCUUAGUAACCUUUUGGCUUUGCGUUGAAAAAUGCCAGCAUCUUCCAGUGCAAGCCAUUGUCUUCUUUUAACAGCUUCUCAAAAAAAAAAAAUCUGCCUCAGAUUUAAUCUUUAGAGGAUCUUACACCAAAUCACUCUGAUUUACUUUAUAAUAGAGUUAAAAAGAGGUCUAACAGAUAUUGCAUGGUUGUUGGGGGUCCCAUCUUCUUCCAUACACAACACAACUGAUCUAAUGGCUAUCUAAAGUAUUUCCUUAAAAAAAUGAAAUACAUUACGGCUGCUAUUUGACAGGAUGUUGAAGGGUCAAUAAAUGAACAUUACAUUACAGACUUUUCUGUAUAAGAACUGCUGUAGAUAUCUCCCUUUUGCUAGCCUCCGUAUGCUAAUAUCAUAAUUCUGCUGGGUUAGAUUGGUUAAAAUGCUAAAACCGAGCUCCAACCAAAAAAACAAACUCCUAAUGCACCACCUGCACCGGCCUGUGCCACCUGACUGACUAUCCUCUCCACCUAAAACCACUCAGAUACACUACUGUAGGUGUUCACAAGUGGGGAGAGCCUGAGAAAAGGAUUUUAAAUACAGAUAGCAAUGUGGAAAUGUCUGUCCAUGUCUGUCCGUCUGUCUGUCUGUCCUCUCGCUUCUCCCCAGGGUGACCCACAGCCUGAAUCAAGUUUUAAUUUAAGUGUUUUUUAUGUUUUUGGUUUUUUUUUUCUGAUCAAAUGAAGUUUGAUUUGGCUUUUUGUUUGUUUGUUUGUUUGUUUGGGAACGCUACCUUUCUGCAGUUUUAUUUAUGUGCUUCUCCAUGUUUGAUAUCUGUAAUUAAUUCUGACCUCCGUUCAGGUCGUGAUUCUCUACUUAUACAGAUGUACAUAUGCAUAUGCGCUGUACGUGUAUAUGUAUAUGCGUAUGGAAAACAUGAUAGACCGUUUUUAGUGGUUUGUAUCGUUUUAGGGUUCCUCGUGCAACAUUGAUUAAAGAAAAAAAACACAUCAAUGAUAAUAAACUAGUUCUAGUAAUAAAAGCAAAA